AUGUCUGUGUGCGACCUGGGCCAUGCCUCCCGAAGAGCAAACUCGGCUAAGGACCAGGGACGCAGAUAUGCUCGCUGUCCCCUUUGUAACAGUGGCGUGGGGCCAGGGGACACCAGGGAGAGGCCACAGGUUCCUUGGGCCACAGUGCUGCUGGGGGUGGCUGCCGCUGGGGUCUCCGGGGACCGCGGGGGAACCCCUGGGAUAGAGCUGGCUGGUCCGGGGGCUUGGACUGACAGCUGGUUGCGGGUGGAGCCCCUUGACACCAGAUGUUGGAUGGGGCUGAGCAUCUUUCCAGCGCUGAAGGUUGUGGUGGACGGUGGGGAACUGUUCGGUUCCGUCCGGGGUCGUGACCCCGAGUCCACUGACCUGGGGCUCCCACUCGGCCGCAGAUGGGAGCCCGGGGCGCCGGAGAUGCGGGCGGAGCCCGAGGCUCCGGCGCCCGAGCUCUUCCGGGACGCCGCCUUCCCGGCCUCGGACGCCUCGCUUUUCUUCAACUUCUCCACGCCGCUGGCCCAGUUCCACGGGGACUUCACGUGGCGGCGGCCCCAGGAGCUCUGUGCAGCUCCCCGGCUGUUUCCAGAUACCCCCCAGGAGGGACAGGUGAAGCAGGGGCUGCUGGGAGACUGCUGGUUCCUAUGCGCCUGCGCAGCCCUGCAGAAGAGCCGGCGCCUCCUGGAGCAGGUCAUUCCGCCUGGACAGCCGAGCUGGCCCGACCCUGCCUACCGGGGCUCCUUUACCGGCUGCGUGUGGCAGUUUGGACACUGGGUGGAAGUGACGGUGGAUGACCGCCUGCCUUGCCUCGCCGGCAGACUCUGCUUCUCCCGCUGCCACAGCGAGGAUGUGUUCUGGCUCCCCCUGCUGGAGAAGGUCUAUGCCAAGGUCCACGGGUCCUAUGAGCACCUGUGGGCAGGGCAGGUGGCAGAUGCCCUGGUAGACCUGACCGGCGGCCUGGCGGAAAGGUGGAGCCUGAAGGAUCUAGCCAGGUCCAGCGGGCCCCAGGACGGGCCGGGACACAGGGAGCUGCGGCAGCUGCUUCACUUGAAGAACAGGUGUGGGCUGAGCUGCUCGGUGCUCAGCCCGAGAGCAGGAGUCCAAGAGCUGGGGGAGUUCCAUGCCUUCAUCAUCUCGGACCUGUGGGAGCUGCACAGCCCAGCUGCCAAGGGUGCCCUGCUGUUCCGCAUCCACAACCCCUGGGGCCGGCGCUGCUGGCAGGGGCCCUGGAGAGAGGGGGGUGAAGGCUGGAGCCAGGUGGAGGAGGCGGAGGCCACAGCAUGCCUAUCCCAGCUGCAAGAGGGCGAGUUCUGGGUGGACGGGGAAGAGUUCCUCCGUGAGUUUGAUGAGCUCACAGUCAGCUUCCCCAUCUCGGAGGAAGGCCACCUGCAGAGCCUUCACUCAGGAAAGACACUGUAUCACAGGCAGGCACUGCCUGGGGCCUGGGUCCGAGGGCAGUCGGCUGGAGGGUGUCGGAACAACAGUAGCUUCCCUAGCAACCCCAAGUUCUGGCUGAGGGUCUGGGAGCCGAGCGAGGUGUGCCUGGCCGUCCUGCAGAGGCCCAGGGGGGUCACAGGGAACAAGCAAGCUGCAUGGAGCCUGGCCAGCCUCCCGGGCAAGGACCUUCAGGCUGUGGGCCUCCAUGUGUGGAAGGUGGAAAAGCGGCGGGUCAACCUGCCCAGAGUCCUGUCGGCACCCCCUGCAGCCAGCACCACCUGUCACACAUAUGACCGCGAGGUCCACCUACGCUGUGAGCUUUCCCCAGGCUACUACCUGGUCGUGCCCAGUACCUUCCUCAAGGAUGUGCCGGGUCAGUUCCUGCUCCGAGCUUUCUCUUCGGGGCAGGUCUGCCUCAGUGCCAUCAAGUCGCCUGCUAGGUGUCCGGGCCCUGGGGGCGCCCUGCCUGCCGGGGAGUGGGAGACCAUUCAGCUGCAGGGAUGUUGGCGGGCCGGGCAGACGGCAGGCGGCAGCAGGAACUUCGCCUCGUACCCCAGCAACCCCUGCCUCCCCUUCACUGUGCCCGCCGGUGGCGAGGGUGCCCGCUGCGUCCGCAUCUCGCUGCGCCAGCACUGCCCAGAGGGCGCAUGCCACCCCAUCGGUUUCCAUGUCUUCCAGGUUCCCGAGGGUGGCGGGAGCCGGGACGUGUCCUCCCUACUGCCUCAGGAGCCACUGUCCAGCUGUGUGCCUCACCGCCACGCCCUGGAAGUGAGCCAACUGUGCCGCCUGCCUGCAGGCACCUACGGAGUGGUGCCCUCCACCUACCAGCCUGACACAGAGGCGGCCUUCACCGUCAUCAUAGCCACCAGGAUCGACCGGCAGUCCCUCCAGAGUCGGGAGAGCCUGGGCCAGCCCCUUCAGGAGGCCUCCUUCACGGCUGUGAUGCAGACCUGA